AUGUCAGAAAUCAUAGUAAUGAUAAGAUCAGAAAUAGGAAUGAGCAGAGUUUCUAUUCUCUCUAAUUAAUCAUUUUAAGAAUUUGUAAACAAGGUUGGUUAAAUUAUCAAUAAACCUCCUGAAGCAUUGAUAUUAAGUUUAGAGGGAGUCAAUAUUUCUUCAAAAAUAUCUCCAAAUUAGUAAAUUAAAAUGAUCCCCAAUUUUCAGAAUGGGAUUUUCAUUCAAGUCAAUGUAGACUAAAAAAAAGGUUACAAAAAACCAUAAUAGAUUUAAACUCCAGAACAACCAAAAGUGUAUAUGGCAAAUGGAUAAUUAGCCAAUGAUUAAUAGAUAUAAUAAGUUAAUCAUAAGAUCCAUGAAAAUAAAGACCAUGCAUUAAGUUAAUUUUGCCAGCAUGGCCCUUAAGCAAAAUGCAUUAAUUGUUUAUCUUCAACAUCAACCAAAGUAGAAUAAAAGGAGAAAACAGAAGUUAACAAAUGUAAACAUGGAGAAGGUGGCCGUUGUUUAAAUUGUGCUCCUUAUGAACAAGAAAAGCAGAAUACAAAAACAGUCAACAAAAUCCUUUGUCAACAUGGGCCAAAUGGAAAAUGUCCUCACUGUAUUGAUGAGGGAUAAAUAGAAGCAAAACACGUUUCAUUUGAUUAAUUUUUGCAUGAUAUGAAAUUCAAGUGUCGUGGAUAGCAUCCAGAUAAUGGAAGAUGCAACAAUUGUCUUCCUCCAACUAUGAUAUCAUACAAAUUAAAGAAAGAUUGCAAAAAUCAUGCUCCAUAUCCUAAGGCUAUGUGCAAUAAUUGUCUUCCCCCCUCAAUCUUACUGAAAAGAUAAGUUUACAGACAUGUAGAUUAUGUGGAAUUCUUGAACAUACCUGAAAUGUCGAAUUUAGUGUAAUAUUGGACAAGUAAAGGUAAGACAGAAUAAAGAAUGGGAUUCUUGUAUGGAUAUUACGCUGCAGACCCUAAUUAUCAGAAUGGUGUUAGAGCUAUCGUUGAAGCCAUAUAUGAACCUCCUCAAAAAGGAACAUUUGGUCAUGUUGAUUUAUUAUAAGAUCCUGCUUAAAGUCAUGCUGAUGAAAUAGCAACUAGUUUGGGAAUGGAGAAGAUAGGCUGGAUUUUUACAAAUGUGAAUCAUGACUGUUUUUUAUCAAGUGAAGAAUUGAGAUAGGCAGCAUAAUACUAAUAAAUUUAUUCUAUUAAACACCCAGAAGGUUGUUUAGUAAGCAAGUUCUUAACUGUUGUGCUAAGAACUAAGAAAGAUAGCCCUGAUGAAGUGGUACCAGAGGUUUAUAUGGUGUCUGAUUAGGGAUAACAAUUAGAGAAUGAUGGAAUAUUUUAGAAUUCAGGAAGAAGGAAGGUAUUAUAAGUUAGAGAUGCAAAAAAUGAAUUAGAUGUCUUACCAUCUUUUGUGUACAAUGGAAAGUCAGUCAAAGAAUUUGAGCCAGACUUCUUUAUAGUGAAUGUUGCUCAUGGAUAUAACCCGAAUUCAAAUUAUAGUAUACUAAAGUUGUAUGAUUUCCCAGUUGAGAAUAGAUCUGCAGUUGCUAAAUAGCAGGAUCUAAAGACCUUCUUACACAAACACUAAAAGAAACCGAGUCAUAAUAGAUUUGCAGAUUUCCAUUUGUUGUUAUAUUUGAGCAAAUUGAUUGACAUCCAUAGUGUGGUUAAUAUAGCCUAGUUUAUAGGCAGCGAAUGUGAGGUGCCAAACGAAUUACUUGAUAUUGUGAAAAUGUAUGCAACAGGUGUUUGA